CAACAGUAAGAGGGUGUGGCUACGAUAUAAAAUCCAUUUCAAAAGAACAAAAUCUUUUGUCCACUUCUGCGAGAAAUCCCACAUUUGCCAGGGCACCGGACGACCAAUAUGCGGUUCUGCGUGCUACUUCUCCUUGCCGCGUCAGUUUUCGGUAACCCUCCUAGGGUUAUCGACCUUGGUACAAGGUUUGUUCCCGGAUACCAAAACCAAUACUCUGAGCUAGUGGCCAGAAUACUUCGAUCUAGGGGACUUCGAGUUUACUCGGUGUACGACAUCGCUGCUCUCAGGCGAUCAUCCCUCUCUCAAGGAGGUGUAUACUUUGGAGAUUCCCCUAUUGGAUCUGGUCUAGACAGCACCUUUGUUCGAAGUUCAACGCUGCCUGGUGGAUCGAGCUUAACCUAUCAAGAGCUAUACAGUGGUCCUGAUUAUGAUGGGCCAUUUGCUGCACCAGUAGGACCAGAUUAUGUUGUACCUGCUGGAUUACGACCCGCUUUUGUUGGACCUGCUGGGUCUGGCCCCAAUGUAGCUGCACCACCUGGAUACCCGCGUGAUCUAGACAGCACAUUUGUUAGAAGCUCUACCUCAGGUAUAGGACCAAGUAUUGGUUACGAAGAAUUAUACCGAGGUGUUGAUGUAAGUGGUCCAUCCGCUGCACCCAUACCUUUUGAUUCUGGAUCCGAUAUCGGACCAGUGGAUGGACCUGGGUUAGGGCCAGCAGGACCAGGUGGACCACUUGGAUCAAAUGGACCAGGAUCCGGUGAUUUUUCGUUGCCAACAGAACUGGUUGGUAGUGGUUCCGGCCUUUCAGGAGGUGGUUCAUUAGCCGCCGGCCUUUCAGGAGGUGGUUCAUUACCCGUCGGCCCUUCAAGUUCAGCAGCCGCCGGCCUUUCAGAUUCGGACGCUGGAUCGGAUUUUUUCCCAACUUCCUCAUCGUCCAGGGUUGGUAAUCUCGUACCUUAUUCAGGGUUUUCAUCCUCCACCACUGCUUAUAGUGAUUUUCCAGGACCCUACACGAGCGGCUAUUCAGACAUAUUAGACGAAUAUAACCCUCUCCGAAGUGGCGGGAGUUCAGUAUACCGGGAGAGAUUUUACGACAGCGGACCCAGAUUUGGUGGCGAUUUCUCCGAUGUCGGAUCGGUCGCAGGGGAAACUGGCUUCGGAUCCUUGUCCGGCAGUUCAAGCUUAGAUUACCUUCGUGGCUCCGGCAGUUCAGGCUUAGAUUACCUCGAAUCAGGGGAUUAUAUUCCCGGGUUCAGUUCCGCAUCAGUUUUAAGACGAACCACAGGCUUUCCUUCCUCAUAUUCCUUCCGGAGGACGUAUCGUUUUCCCCGUACAUAUUACGGACCACAAGUUACCACAGUCAGGCGACAAUAUUCCAGCCCCGGAUAUAGUUAUAGAUUUUCCACUUACGGAGGACUAGAUGGAGGACGUGAAUAUAAACCGGUCUUCUAGACAGUCCGGUGUAAGGUAAAUAUAAAACCGAAUAUCAAUC